CCAAGGCCCACUCCCUUCCACCUCAAGGGAUCUGCGUAAUUACGCAACGAGGUCAAAACACCACCUUACCAGCAGCGAUGUCCAACUCAAAUGUUCUUCGUUGACGUCUUGCAGCCAUUCGCGUAGCCAGAAUCCGAGUGAACCAUGGAGAAGUUUGGGUUAGUUUUGCUUUGCCUCCUUCACAUCUGCUUGGUCAGCGCGCAGCAUCCUUCACGCGUGCCCGUCGGUCCGUGGAGACACCGGAUCCAGUGGCAGAACAACGGCCAGGUGUACAACCUGCUGACCACCGGGACCCAGUACCGCUCACCUGCGCACAGCGGGAGGCGCACGCAGCUGUUACUGACGGCGACGAACACUUUUAACCAAGUGAACCCACCUGCUGCUGCCCACGGUAGAGCCACCAAAACCAGAGUUGUGAGUUUCGAAGCGGGAGCUGAAGGUAACUCGGUGGAAAAUGACCACAUUCAGAUGGACAAGUCGGUUCUUGGAACCCAAGCGGGUGUUCUCGCCACGGAGUGGCCCGUUACGCACAGCCAGUCUCUAGCCACCAGGACUGAUGAUGGAGGCGGUUCAGCCCAGGCUCCGUCCAGCGGCAGCUUUCAGGAGUUUUCCGGCAGCGGGGUCCCCGGGGGAGACCGGACUACACCCGGGGACGAGUCUGUGGCGUUGCGGGCCAGUGCGUCCCCGCUGGGACUCACUGGAACGCAACGCCCGCAAGUGAGUCCCGGUCCGGACGCGCGCAGUGCGCACCGGCAGCAGGGAGCGCGCUCGCUGGCCGGAGACGCUCCAGAGGACAGGGUUUCCCCCAUAGCCAUGCCCAGCAACGCUGUAGGUGAAAUAUACACUCCGAGAGGCCAGGAUGCAACAGGAGACCCGCGGGAUCCGCACAAUAUUCAUCACAGGAAUUCCGUUUUCUAUAAUGUUUACGCACCAGACCGCAGGAACAGGGUGUCCUCGCACCCUCCGCCAGGGCCCGGCCACGGAACCAGGUUCUUCCUCAACGGUCUUCCUGACCUGAUACCUGACCCAUACUACAUCCAAGCAGCCUCCUACAUCCAGAGAGUGCAGAUGUAUGCACUUCGCUGCGCUGCUGAAGAGAACUGCCUCUCCAGGUCUGCAUAUCACCCAAGUGUGAAGGACCUCGAUUACAGAGUCCUGCUGCGUUUUCCACAGCGAGUGAAGAACCAAGGAACUGCAGACUUCCUCCCAAUGAAACCCAGACAUGAGUGGGAAUGGCAUAGCUGUCACCAGCAUUACCACAGCAUGGAGGCCUUCAGUAACUAUGACUUGCUGGAUGUCUCCACUGGACAGAAGGUUGCUGAAGGACACAAAGCCAGUUUCUGUUUGGAGGACACAUCAUGUGACCCAGGGGUGCGACGCCGCUUUGCCUGCACUGCUCACACACAGGGUCUUGGUCCUGGUUGCUAUGAUACGUAUCAUGCCAACAUCGAUUGCCAGUGGAUCGACAUCACCGAUGUGCCACCUGGAAACUACAUUCUCAAGGUGACAGUGAACCCCUCUCAGCUCGUCCCAGAGUCUGAUUUCUCCAACAAUGAGGUCAGGUGUGACAUAUGGUACACAGGAAGCUACGUCCAGGCGAGACACUGCAGGAUUGUUAUGAGCUGACCUGCUGAAGACAGAAACCUUCACGCAUAAAUCUGUUCUUAAAAACCUCUUGCUGCUCUUCAUGUACAGCUGCUGCUGUUGUUAAGCUCUUUGUCAUGACAAGUCAUCCUUAAUUUAUGUCAUAUAUUAUGUUGGAGUGUCAGCCAUGCUGGCUCCAUGCUUGGUUUUAUUAUUUGUGUGGACAUGAAUCCUUUUAAGAUUUUUAAGACAAUGCAAGACUGUUCUGUUAACUGCAUGUAUGCAGCACAAAUAAGAAAGAGUUCAUGCACAUAAAGGCAGCUGUACUGUGCUGUUUUUAAGGUAAUGUGUAUGCGUGAAUUGGUGCAUAUUUGGAGAAAAACUGCUUUCCACCAUUCUUCUUUAAAUUAAAAGUAUUUUUCUAAAGACAGUUUACACAUCCUAAUUUUAACCCUGAAAAGAUGUGUAUAUGCUUGUACAACAACAUGAUAGUAUGCCCAUUAAUAGCAAACAAGCUGAGGAGCAUUUUAUUGUUGGGGUGGGACAUUUCUUAAAUGCUUUUGGAGAAACAAAUCUCUGACACACACCUGUAUUUAUUCCACUUCUCAUAUCUAUGUCUAUAAAACCGGAGCAAAAUAAAUACUGCAUCACA